AUGAAGCUGUCUGCCGCUCUCAGCCUCGCGCUGCCCGCGCUCGCCGCCGCCGCCGCCGUCGACAAGCCCGCCGUACCUCUGCACUCCUCGAGCCGCUGGAUCCUCGACCGUGACAACCGGCGCGUCAAGCUGCGGUGCGUCAACUGGGCCGGCCACCUCGAGGCCAACCUGCCCGAGGGCCUGCACAAGCAGCCCGUCUCGCGCCUCGCCGACUGGAUUGCCUCUGCGGGCUUCAACUGCGUGCGCCUCACCUACUCCAUCGACAUGGCGCUGAAUCCGUCCCUGCCCGUGCGGCAGUCCUUUGUCGCCGCCGCCGCCGCGACCGGCGCCGACGCGGCCGGCCUCAUGGCGCUGCAUGACGCCGCCGUGAGCAUGAACCCGUUUCUCGCCAACGCGACCGUCAUUGAUGCAUUCGAUGCCGUGCAGGCCGCGCUCUGGGACCGCGGCGUCGUGACGAUUCUUGACAACCACCUCUCCCGCGCGUCGUGGUGCUGCGACCUCGACGACGGGAACGGCUGGUGGGCCGACGCUCCAGGAUACCUCGCCGCCAACUCGCGCUACUUUGACCGCGACGAGUGGCUGCGCGGGCUCCGCGCCAUGGCGGCCUGGGUGCGCGGCGACGGUAGCAGCAGCAGCAGCAGCAGCAGCAGGCCCGGCAUCGUCGGCAUGUCCCUGCGUAACGAGCUCCGCGCGCACGUCACGCAGCUGCCGGCCGCCGCGGGCGUCUGGCGGGAGAACAUGCGCGUGGCGGCGGCGGCCGUGCAUGCUACCAACCCGGACGUGCUUGUGAUUGUCGGCGGCCUCAACGGCGGCACCGAUUUGACGCCGCUGCGCGGCCAGACGCUGGAUACGACGGCGUGGGCGGCCAAGAAUGUGUGGGAGGCGCACGCGUACAGCUUUACGCUGACGACGCCCGACGUCGGCUCCUGCAGUGUGCGAAAAGCCAACUACGGGCUGCUGUUUGGCUUCGUGCUCGAGCAGGGCAAGGACAGCACCGGGCCGCUGUUCCUGUCCGAGUUUGGUGUCGGCAUGACGGGCGGUGAUGAGGAUGGGCUGAAUGACAAGGACAGCAGGUACCUGGCGUGUCUGCGUGAAUACAUGGAGGGUAACGACGCCGACUGGUCGCUCUGGGCGCUCCAAGGCACGUACUAUGUCCGCGACGGCAAGGUCGAUGCCGAGGAGACGUGGGGCGUCCUGGACAAUGACUGGAAGGACUGGAGGAACCCCAAGUUCAAGGGCAUGCUGGGAAAGAUGCCGGAGAUGACGCAGUUUCCGUGA